UGCCUGGGAACACUUGUGCAUGACGUGGUAGCCAACCAGGUGGCAGCCUUGCUCCGUUCUGGGAGCCAGCUCCAUAGUUGGCCAGCCCAGCUAUGCCCCCAAGUACACAAACCCAGUCUGACAGCCCCACCCACUGGAGAGCCUGCCACACAGCCUGCCACCAGUCUGUGGCUCAGCAGUCUGCCAGGCAACAGCCUUAUCCCUGACAGAGCCAUAGCACACAACUGCAUCUCAGACGUCCACGAGUCAGACCAUCGAUACAACCAAGUAUAUUACCGGACUGCAUUUACCCACAUGGCAGCCCAACUCCCACCACCGCCUAGUCCCAGAUUUGUCCUCCGAGGCACACAGUCAGCUGUGAACACGCUGCAUUUCUGCCUACCAUCCCAAGCUCCAGAAAGCCCGCUUCUUUUCUCGGGGUCUCAGGGUGGCCUGGUGCACAUCUGGAGCCUGCAGACAAGAAGAAUGGUUGCCACCCUAAAUGGCCACAGUGGACAGGGUGUAACCUGGUUGAAGACACUGUCCGAGGGACACCAGCUCCUCAGCCAGGGCCGGGACCUGCGGCUGUGUGUGUGGGACUUGGCAGAGGGCAGGAACGCUAUCAUGGACUCAGUUCAGCUGGACAGUGUGGGCUUCUGCAGGAGCUCUGUUCUGACCAGGGGACAGCUAAGCUGGAUGCUUGCUGUGCCGGGGAAGGGCAGUGAUGAGAAUCAGCUGCCGCCCUGUUUGCAGAGCUCUGGGUACAACAUAUGGCCAGAGAUGAGGAACCAAAGGGCCAGGACCAUGUUCAAACCCCAACGUGAAGGGUGGGGACUACACUCCACACAGGUUCAGAUUCUGGAGAUGCCAUCCAAGACGUCAGUGUGCACCCUGAAGCCGGAGGCGGAUGCCAAGCCAGGCAUGCCCAUGUGCCUGGGGCUGUGGCAGAGCAACUCCAGUCUCCGCCCCCUCCUUCUGGCUGGCUAUGAGGAUGGAUCGGUAACCCUGUGGGACAUCUCAGAGCGGAAGGUGUGCAGCCGAAUCGCCUGCCAUGAAGAACCUGUCAUGGGCCUUGACUUCGAUUCUCAGAAGGCCAAGGGCGUCUCAGGCUCUGCCGGGAAGGUACUGGCUGUCUGGAGUCUGGACGCCCAGCAGUCCCUGCAGGUGUGUAAAACUCAUGAACUCACAAAUCCUGGAAUUUCUGAAGUUACUCUGCGGCCAGACCAUAAGAUCUUAGCCACAGCAGGCUGGGACCAUCGCAUCCGUGUGUUUCAUUGGAGGACAAUGAAGCCACUGGCUGUUCUGGAUUUCCACAGUGCUUCUGUGUACUGUGUGGCCUUUGCCGCUGAUGGCUUGCUCGCUGCAGGGUCCAAGGACCAACGCAUCAGCAUCUGGUCACUCUACCCCUGCCCGUGACUCAGCUGUAGGACACUGGUGUCUUACUCCAGUCUCGACCCAAGGCUCUCUGAGGACUGCAAAUUGUGGCCAAAGGUCUGUGAAUCCACUUUGUUCAUGAGGUUCCCUGCACCUUUUGUGACUUGUCAUUCAGAUGAUAGACACCUGACACUUGGAGCUUGUAAGAGGCACAAUUUACAAGCUCCAAGACACGGUCGUGUGGCCAGCCUAAACAUAUUUGACAAUAAAUUUCCCAUUGCCAGCCUGAAGGGUCAGGGUGGGAACUUUCCACGAAGAUGUCCCAUAUUCUCCCCUUAGGGUCAGAGCAUUCAGAUGCUUUGCAGGCUCAUCAUCAGUCGUACUUUUUUUUUUUUUAAAGAUUUAUUUAUUUUAUUAUGUAUACAGUGUUCUGCCUGCAGGCCAGAAGAGGGCACCAGAUCUCAUUACAGAUGGUUGUGAGCCACCAUGUGGUUGCUGGGAAUUGAACUCAGGACCUCUGGUAGAGCAAGCAGUGCUCUUAACCUCUGAGCCAUCUCUCCAGCAUCAGUCGUACUUUUAAGCAGGAAGUUCUUGGUGAAGGUACUCAGGGCUUGGCCUCGGGAGGCUGUCAGUGCCACAGUGGCUGCCUGCCACAUCCUGCUGGCUUUUUGCCCCAGAAAUGUUCAGGGACUCCUGACCUCCAGGGCUGGGGUCAGGAUGACGAAAGGAUGGAACCUGGCUUUCUAAAGAGGGAGGCAGGAGAGGGUUAUUAGGGUGACCAAGGUGGUCAAGGGACAGGGAGCGUGUAAAAUGUAGUACAAGGCCAGAUAGAAGACCAGAAAAGGAAGCCCUGACCUCCGAUGGGGAAAGAAGGACAGGCUGUCUCUAAGUGAACCUGCAGGAGGCAAAGAGAAGCGGCUGAGAUAGGACAGGAGCCAGGGCCCUCCUUAAUGCCCAGGGCACAAUCACAGCCUUAUGGUAUGUGGACUAGCAGUGAGCACGCAAAGCCUCUCUUAGCACGUGGCUGACCGGUGAGUAGCCUCUGAGGCGGUGUUGACCUGGGGGGACCAGGCUGUGGAGGUGAGGGUGCAGACCUCAGACCUCUCCUCUUCAGUCAUUGCCAGAAAGAUCCCUGUGCCCAAAGAACUGGAGCGCCCCCAAGUGCUGCCCCUCAGGACCUCUAGUCUGUAACUAAACACUACACACAGCAGGCUGAAUGUGUCUGUGCUGAAUGUAUCCUACCACCGCAGUAUAGCCUGGUGUCCCCAAGCUGGGGAACACGUGUAGGAGGCCAGGAAAGGAGUGUGUGGUCCAGGUGAGGUAUAUGCUGCAGGUGAGCCAGGAGGGCAUGCCUCUUGCCCCAUGAAGAGGGAGACAGUUGCCAGGGGAGGCAGCAUCCCCAGAGGGCUUUAUGGUUGCUCCUCUCUGUAUGCCUGUGAAAGGUAUGGCUGGCGCGCACACACACAGGCCUGGCUCCAACUGAAGCCCUGGGAGGUUACCAUAGCAACCAGAGCUCCAGCUUGGAAUCCCUAAAUGGAGUGGGGAUUACUCGCUGCUGCAUGGAUAAAAGGUGGCACUUAGUCUCCAAAGACAGGUGGGAACACUUCUCGUUAUAGGCUGUAACUUGGAAGCUGCGCUUAGCAGAAUCUGACUGGUAGAGCUCUGUGACAGGCUGGCUUUCCUGGAGUCCCUACAGAUGGGCCAGCUUGGUGCACAUAGGCAUGCAGACCUAGGCACAGGUCACCAGAGCAGACCUUGGUCACAGGCACAGGCUUCUUCACUCCCUUUGAAGGAAGUCUCUGCUAGAGUACCAGCCAGACACUGCUCAUCCUUCAAGAAUCCCCGGGGGAUCUGCCACCAAUUAUCCUGUUGUAUCACCCUAUAUAAGUUCUAAAACCAAGUCCUUAAGAAUUAGGCCCCGUAGCUUGGAGCCUCUGAAGUCAGGACAAGGCCCCAAGUUUCUCAGGGUAAAGGUUGGGGGUGCCGGGGCCUCCCGCUGUAUCCUCUUCCAGAAUUUCUAAAGGAGAGAGAGAAAAAAGAAGAAAGAAACAACUAAGGAGGCAUGGGGAGGAGACAGCAAAGCUUCUGUCUUAGGCCAGUAUAAACAGGAGGUACCUGUUACAGUUGGAAUGUGAAACACAUUGGCUCAUGUGUUUAAACACUUGGUCCCCAGAUGGCGCUAGUUUGGAAGAUUGUGGAACCUUGCAGAGGGAGAGUCUCUGGAAGUAAUGGGUCACUGGGAGGGUGGGGCUUGAGGUUUCUAUCCUCCCCACUGUCCUUCCUGACUCCAUGCAGUGGGAGCAGCCACCUCCCAGGGUUGAGUCUGCCAUAGUGAACUGUGCGAUCUCAAACUGUAAGCCACAAUAAACAUUUUCUAACUUAAGUUGCUUCUCUUCAGCUAUUUGGGCUCAGAGAUGAGAAAAAUAACUAAUACAGCAGCCCUCCAUCCCCAGGCAACCCAAGGCAGGAGUAAAGAAUCAGACAGAAAAUCACAGCCGUUCCAUUACAGGGGAUGUAGGUGUGGGUCACAGGCCAGUGCCUCAGUGGCUCCCUUAAGAGAAGUGGCAGUAGAACUGAAACUUUAAUCCAAGCACUCAGGAGGCAGAGGCAGAGGCAGGUAGAUAUCCAAAUUCCAGCCCAGCUAGGGUGAUGAGGAGAGAUCUUGUCAAAGAAAGUGAGAGGAGGGCCAGGUUGGUUGUAGGAAAAUCGGUGAGCCCAUCUAUGAAUGGAGACGAUAGUCCCGUUCUUGUCUGUGCCCGACCGCUGUUGUGAUACCCAGGGCAGUGCUGUCCUGUGGGUACCUUUUACCAGCGCUGUUGGAGAUGCUAUCAAGCCUGUGUGACUCAGUACGGCUGUUCUCAGGAAGCCUCAUCUCACACAAGCUCUGCCAAGCCUCUCCCGCCCCUUCCUUGUCGCCCAGAUGGAGGUGGCAGCCAGUGUGACACCGCCUAUAGACUUUUAGGGCCUCUAUGUCCAAGGGCUGGUGGUCACAAAGCUGUCUUCUCUCCUGCUGCCAAGGAAGGAGGCUCCUAGGACUCAGCUCUGGGAUUCUCAAGGCCCCUCCCCAAACUUAACAAAAGGCAGUAACAGUUACGUGGAAGAGAACACUGUCCAGUGGACUGCCCACAUGUUGGACAGCGAGCUCCAGGGGCGCAGCUUUCGUGAGAGAUCCCCAGUACUGGCAUGAGUCACCCCGGCUGCCUUUGAGCCACCUAUGGUCCUGCAGGUAACCCCAAUAAAAUCAUUCACUAAGCUAGAA